AUGCCACCCAAGCGUGUGGCUAAGAAAAGGUCACCCCCAGAAGAUGCUCUCCCCAAAAGCAAGAAAGUGAAGGACCCUCGUAACCAGGCAGUGAGGGCCGUUGCUUCCCACCGCGUUCCAGGCGCCCACCACACCCGAGGGGCCUGCAGGCCGAGCCCUGCCAACCAGAAAACCCGACCAGUCUCACAUAGGUCCCACCGCACAGAGCCGGGCUUGGUGCUGACACUGGGCCAGGGUGAUGUGGGCCAGCUGGGGCUGGGCGAGAAUGUGAUGGAGAGGAAGAAGCCAGCUGUAGUAACCAUUCCGGAAGACAUCAUUCAGGCUGAGGCUGGAGGCAUGCACACCGUGUGCCUAAGCAAAAGUGGCCAGGUCUACUCCUUUGGCUGCAACGAUGAGGGUGCUCUGGGAAGGGACACAUCAGUGGAGGGCUCCGAGACGGUGCCUGGGAAAGUGGAACUGCAAGAGAAAGUGGUGCAAGUGUCAGCAGGAGACAGUCACACAGCGGCGCUCACCGAGGACGGCCGAGUCUUCCUUUGGGGCUCCUUCCGGGACAAUAAUGGUGUGAUUGGGCUCUUGGAGCCCAUGAAGAAGAGCAUGGUACCUGUGCAAGUGCAGCUGAGUGAGCCUGUGGUGAAGGUGGCCUCGGGAAAUGACCACUUGGUGAUGCUGACACUUGAUGGUGACCUCUACACUUUGGGCUGCGGGGAGCAGGGUCAGCUGGGCCGUGUCCCUGAAUUAUUUGCCAAUCGUGGUGGCCGGCAGGGCCUCGAACGACUCCUGGUCCCCAAGUGUGUGCUGUUGAAAUCCAGGGGGACCCGGGGCCAUGUGAAAUUCCAGGAUGCCUUCUGUGGCGCCUACUUCACCUUUGCCAUCUCCGUCGAGGGCCAUGUGUAUGGCUUUGGCCUUUCAAACUACCACCAACUUGGAACCUCAGGCACAGAGUCUUGCUUUGUACCCCAGAACCUGACCUCCUUCAAGAACUCUACCAAGUCCUGGGUGGGCUUCUCUGGUGGCCAACACCACACGGUCUGCAUGGAUUCGGAAGGAAAAGCAUACAGCCUGGGCCGGGCUGAGUAUGGGAGGCUGGGCCUCGGAGAGGGUGCUGAGGAGAAGAGCAUGCCCACCCUCAUCUCCAGGCUGCCCUCUGUCUCCUCCGUGGCUUGUGGGGCCUCUGUGGGCUACGCCGUGACCAAGGAUGGUCGUGUGUUUGCCUGGGGCAUGGGCACUAACUACCAACUGGGCACGGGACAGGAGGAGGAUGCCUGGAUUCCCGUGGAGAUGACAGGCAAACAGCUGGAGAACCGCCUGGUUCUAUCUGUGUCCAGCGGGGGCCAGCACACAGUCUUACUAGUCAGGGACAAGGAACAGAGCUGA